GAGGCGGGUGACGUCAUGCAGCAGUCCAGCAGAGGCUCCACUUUCCCCCUCACUCAAAUUGUAACCACCAGCAUCAGAAGAUCAGAAGCGGUGGGGCACCGAACAGAAGACACUUUUUUUAAAAUAGAUUUAUAUCUUUUUUGUUUAUUUGCAGCGAGGACCGCCAAUUAACGCUCUUCUUUUAGCAUCCAGAUCUCACUAAAAGGAAUAAUUUGAUCACAGAAGAACCCGCUUUGAUUUUUAGUGCAUGUUUUAACCAACCCCUGUUUGCAUGCUGGUGUUCAGUAAGCAAUAUACAUGAGCGUGCCAUUUUACAACACCUCGCCUGUUUAGGCUGAAGAAGCCUCUUUUUUUUACAUCUGUAUUUUAAUGACACAUUCUCUACUGUGCAUAUUGUCUGCUCAGCUACAUUUGCUAGCGUGUGGAGGGCGCAAGAAACAACAGAGCACGGCGGACAAUCGUGGGGUUUGGAUGAGGUGUUUGAAUCCAGCCUUACGUGAACAAUUGUUAAGAUUUCCAUAAGCAAUGCCAUCUUGCAAUGCAAACAUGCUGGCUGUUGGAUUGCUCUACCUGGGAUUAGUUCUUGCACUGGAGGUUGUAGAUCCCACCAGAGCCAUUGAAGCCCCGAAGACAUGCAGUCCAAAACAGUUUGUAUGCAAAGACCAAGUAACCUGCAUCUCCAAAGGGUGGCGCUGUGAUGGGGAGAAAGACUGUCCAGACGGCUCUGAUGAAUCUCCUGAUAUAUGUCAUCACACACAGGUGACACAGUGCCCUCCCAAUGAGUUUGAGUGUCGAGGAACGGAUGUGUGCAUUCACCUGAGCAAGCUGUGUGACGGCGUCCCAGACUGCACCGAUGGACGCGACGAGGGCCCGCACUGUCGAGAGCUUGCUAGUAAAUGCUCAAUCAUGGACUGCCAGUACAACUGUUCGGUGACUUUGUCCGGUCCAAAGUGCUACUGCAAGAAUGGCUAUGAAGUGGGAGAAGAUGGAAAGACAUGCAAAGACUUUAACGAAUGUGCCGUGUACGGGACUUGCAGUCAGACCUGCACAAACUCAGAGGGCUCCUACACCUGCAGCUGUGUGGAGGGUUACCUGCCGCAACUGGACAACCGCUCAUGCAAGGCCAAGAAUGACCCAGUGGAUCGGCUCCCGUUCCUCCUUAUAGCCAACUCCCAAAACAUCCAAGCCACCUCUCUGAGUGGAGCAAACCCUAUUACCAUCAACGACAAACAGACCACCACAAUGGACUUCAUCUACGCCCAGGAGACCGUGUGCUGGAUCCACAUGGGCGACUCUCCCACUGCCUCGCAACUCAAGUGUGCCAAGUUUCCCAAUGCCAAGAGCUUUACGGAGGAGAAGACCAUUAACAUCUCCCUCAGCCUGCACCGUAAGACCAUCUUCAUAUCUGUGUGUUUUAAAUCAGUGUCAGCUCUUCAUUUGGGAUGAAAAAUGAUUCAAUGG